UGUUGUCACAGAGCCCAACACACCCUCUGUAUGGACCCCCUGUAACCCUCGAGGGUUACUGAAUGUCGCUUGUGCUCUCCCUCUAGUCGAGAAACCCUACAAAUGUGAGUUUUGCGGAAGGAGUUACAAACAGAGAAGUUCCCUUGAGGAGCACAAGGAGCGCUGCCGCACAUUUCUUCCAAGCACUGACCUGGGGGACACCGCAAGCGCAGAGGCAAGACACAUCAAAGCAGACAUGGGAAGUGAAAGAGCUCUCGUUCUGGACAGAUUAGCAAGCAAUGUGGCAAAACGAAAAAGCUCAAUGCCUCAGAAAUUCAUUGGUGAGAAGCGCCACUGCUUUGAUGUCAACUAUAAUUCCAGCUACAUGUACGAGAAAGAGAGUGAGAUGAUACAGACCCGAAUGAUGGACCAAGCCAUCAAUAACGCCAUCAGCUAUCUGGGCGCCGAAGCCCUGCGCCCCUUGGUCCAGACACCGCCUGCUCCCACCUCCGAGAUGGUUCCAGUGAUCAGCAGCAUGUAUCCCAUAGCCCUCACCCGGGCUGAGAUGCCCAAUGGUGCCCCUCAGGAGAUGGAAAAGAAGAGCAUCCACCUUGCAGAGAAGAGCGUGCCUUCCGAAAGAGGCCUCUCCCCCAACAACAGUGGCCACGACUCCACGGACACUGACAGCAAUCACGAAGAACGCCAGAAUCACAUCUAUCCGCACAACCACCUGGCCCUUCCUCGGGUCCGCAACGGGAUGCCACUUCUGAAGGAGGUCCCUCGCUCUUACGAACUCCUCAAGCCCCCACCCAUCUGCCCAAGAGACUCCAUCAAAGUGAUCAACAAAGAGGGCGAGGUGAUGGAUGUGUAUCGGUGUGACCACUGUCGUGUCCUCUUCCUGGAUUAUGUGAUGUUCACCAUUCACAUGGGCUGCCACGGCUUCCGUGAUCCCUUUGAAUGUAACAUGUGUGGAUACCGGAGCCACGAUCGGUAUGAGUUUUCAUCUCACAUAGCCAGAGGAGAACACAGAGCCAUGCUGAAGUGAAUAUCUCGUCCCAAAGAUUGUCCCAGAGUGUUCAACAUCGUUUUUUAGAACCAGUAACCCCACCUAACAGAUUGCUCUCAAAACACACUCAGUUCCAAGCUCCUUUUCAGACCAUUUUAGGUAUCCAAAGAGUGGUGUUUACAUGGGUAGCCAAAGAAACACUGUCUUCAUUCCGAAAUUAUUUGCAGGUCUAUCAUGUUAUUACUUUUGCAAAAUCUUUGGGUGCCCAUCAGGGACUUGAAUUUUUAUGGAACUUAAGAGUCAAAGAAGUAUUGGUCAUUAUCUUUUGCAGCAAUAGAAUGGGCAUCCGUUGAAGUUCGUUGCCAGUCGGAACAGUCCCCCCGCUGUGCUGCAUGAGACAUUCUUUCUGAGCUGCAUCAGCCGUAUGUGGAGAAGCUUUUCGAUCAUAUGCCCAAAUCCACAAAGAGGAAGAGCUGACCAGCUGACCUUGCUGGGAAGCCUUGCCCAUCUGCACUUCACACAAGGCGGAAGGGUUAGGAUAUAAUCUCUCCAACCCAAAUGGUGGUCUAAGAGCAAGAAAAAAAACAGCCAUAAAAUAAGUAUCUGUUACCAGUAACUGAAGACCCCAUUCUCCAAGCAUCAGCCCCAUUACCUAUCAAAUAAUAUUACAGUAAUAGUAAUAAGCAUCUGAUGACACUUCUGGUCCUACCCUGCACCCGCCCAUCUCCAGUGAAAAGCUGAGCUACUUUGGCCUGAACCAGUUGUCUAUAGGCGAAAUUCUAUACUGAUGGUUUUAAACAGACCAUCACUGAAACCCCAGGAAGUUGUCCACUGUGGCAUCCCUUUCCUUUGACCCAGAUUGGCUGAGUGGGGGUCCGAGGAGGGAAAUGAUUUGGCAGCACCAACAGGAAAAAAAAAACAGAAACAAACAAACAAAAAAAAAACUACAACCACCUAACGUUCUUGGUCUCCUCCUUCAUGAAGCAUUGGUGGUACCAACCCAAAGCAAACAUGCCAGUGGUUUUUCCCACAAAACAUACGGAAGCAUCCAAAAAGUAUGGCUUAGCCCCCCCUUCCCCACAGGAGAGGAAUCAAGGAGAGAUGCUGUGUGUGUUGUUUAGAUCAGAGCUGAGCUUGGGGAUGGAGUGAGGAAGAGGACACCUCUACUAACAGGUUCUCCUGGAUCAGGCAGGUUUGGGGCUCUUCCCCCUGCCCCAUGUAAAUGGAGCUACUUUUUUCCUCAAAAAUUCCUGAAAGUCUGAUCUGGGUUCUACAGAUGUAUCAGUCAUCUUUGUCACUAAUAAUGAGGACACACUAUCAAGGAGAAAUGCUAUGAUCAUUGUAAAAUUAGCACUAGAAUAGGGGUUACAAAAUGUUUGCUAAUUCCAUAUUCGCCACUCAUUAGCUGUGUGACUUUGAGCAAAUCAUUUAACUCUUAAAACUCAGUUUCCUCAUCCAUAAAAUGGGAACUGAACUGAGACAUUCUCUAAGGUCUUUUCCAGCUUUACAUUUUUACGUGAUUAUGUAGUAACCACAGUUAUUUUUUAAACCUCUUAAUGUCUGGCUAUUAAGCAGAGGAGCAUAUAUGUGAAGACAUGUUUCACAUUUCUUUGGUGUGAAAAUGGUAGGGCGUUCAGUCUUUCCUUUAACCACUGAGUUGUGAACGUGAAGAAGAUAGUGGAGAGAAACAAAAAACAGGAAGGUAUUUUGAUCUUGCCCCAAAGUGUACAUACAAAUUGGCACCUGCAGCCAAAGGCUUUUUUUUUUCUUGUUAAGAACUUGUGUUAGGGAAAAUAAAUUCUGCUUCCACAGACAACUUCAUGAGCCUAUUUACAAAUUAAGAGCCAGCUUUGGGAACAUCUCUAUCAGAGCCAAGAAUCCCAAAUUCCUAGUAGAUCAGUGUUUUCUUUCUAAAGGGCUUAUGCCUUCAGCUCCAACUCAACUCGUUCGUGUGCUGCCAGUAAUUAAAAUGUCCCACCUCAGACUGCACAAAUGGCUUCUCCUACUUUGUAGCAUGGCGUCUAUCUCAGGGAAAAAAGGUUUUAUGCAAUUCCAUGGCAACAGUCCCAACAUGUUUGAGAUUUCAGCUGAAGGACUAGAUGUAUUUUGGUGCGCAGUCUUCAGUAUGUCACCAUGUUUCCAUAAUACUAGACUCUAAGCUAUGCCAGGUUGCUUAUGCCCAUUGUGAAAGAGGAGUUGCUCAUUAUACUCUUGAAAUAUCGCACAUCCUGUCGACUCUUUGGGGGACAAGAGAAAGAGAACUUGGAAGCAAGGAUGAGUAGGAGAGAAAGCUAGGGAAAGAGCAUUUCCUCCAGGUUAGUGUUAAAGUCUUUGCUGAAGAGACCCACUUUUGCAUCUCAAAAUGGUGAAACGAAGGCCCGUUCCACCAACCUGGGGACUGUCCUCAUAGAUAGGACUCUCCUUUUUCCUGUGACUAAUGGAUUUGCUGAAUGAGCUCCAUUCUUCCGAGGUUAUUUUUCUCAGUGGGGUGUCCACUCACAAAGGCUGUACUUUCUUCAUAGCAUUCUAAGCCUACCUUGGGGCCCAUCAAUUCCAGAGAAAAUUUACAUGAAUUAUAAGAAUUUAUACAUUCUUAAGUCUUGAAGUUGAGCCAGGUAUGCAGUGGUUCCCACCACACAUGGUUAACCACACACACUCCCUAUGCUGUACUAAUUAACUUGCCCCCCUUGCUAGGGCUGGGGGUGAAGGUGAGGAGAAUGUCACCAAGAUGCCUAAUGAGAACGGCUGAGUCAGGAUUUGCCUCUGCCACGCUGAGCAGUGAAGUCCUGUGGCAGCUUCAGGCAGUACGUUGACUUUCUCCUGCGCACUCCCUCUGAACGUGAGCUCUGCAGGGCUCUCGCCUUCAUUUCCCACCGACUCUGUCAUGAGACAGGCCUUCCAGGAGGCUAUGAUCUGAGGAACGACCAAACCCAUGAAAAGUUCACUCACAGCCAAGGUGGCAGAAUUGGGGUGAGGGUGAAAAAGAAUAGAACCGGCUCUCCAACUGUUUGUUUUGUUUUGGUUUUUUUUAAUUUUUUUUUAGAGAUAAGAUCUCACUGUGCUGCCCAGGCUGGCC